AAAUGGCGUUAGGCACCAACAGGGGGUACAGUUCACUGCUCCAAGCACCCCUGUUCACAACUCAACAAACAAAAUGGCUUUCAAGUUGGUGGUCUUCUCUUGCCUUGUUGCCGUGGCUUACGGCAGCGUGGCCCCGGCGGCCAUCGCGGCGGCUCCCGUCGCCUACGCCGCCCCCGCGGUCGCCGCACGCCUCGAGGAGUUCGACCCCUUGCCGCAAUACCGGUUCGGCUACGACGUCGCCGACUCCCUCACCGGUGACUACAAGAGCCAGCAGGAGCAACGCAACGGCGACCUCGUCCAGGGCUCAUACUCCUUGGUGGACCCCGACGGCACCCGCCGCACUGUCGACUACGCUGCCGACUCCGUCAACGGUUUCAACGCUGUAGUGCGCAAAGAACCUCUGGUCGCCGCCGCUCCCGCUGUAGUCGCCGAGCCCGCCGUGGUUCCAGCUCGCCUUGCCGCCGCUCCCGUUGCCCAACCUGCCGUAUACGCUGCCAACUACGCCGUCGCUCCCGCUGCCGCCCCUGUCGCCGUCGCCUCUGCGAGAUACACCGCCACUCCCUACUUUGCCCGCUACGCCGCAGCCCCCGCCCCCGUCGCCGCUGCCGCUGCCUACUCCACCGGUCCUGUGUUCGCUCGCUAUGCCGCCGCGCCCGUUGCCGCUCCCGUCGUAGCGGCCCGCUAUGCCGCUCCAGUAGCGGCGGCGGCACCAGUCCCAGCUGCGUACGCCGCGUACUCCGCUCCGGUAGCGGCAGCGUACACAUCGUAUGCUGGUCCUUUCGCCUACAACGCGCCAGUGGCUGCGGCCUACACCGCCCCAGUGGCAGCGGCCUACACCGCCCCAGUGGCAGCGGCCUACACCGCCCCAGUGGCGGCGGCCUACACCGCUCCCGUGGCGGCCGCCAACGUGUACGCGGCGCCCGCGCGGCUGGCCGCAGCGCCCGCGCCCGUGGCCGCCCCGGUGCGCGCCGCUCCCGCCAAGAUCGUGGAACCCGUCGCCGCCGGCUACCUAUUCAUCUGUAUGGUCGGCGCAGCCUGCGCUAGCGUGGUGCCAGUGGCCCCGGUAGCGCGGUUAGACCCCUACCCCCAGUACGCCUACGGGUACGACGUGCAGGACGCGCUCACAGGCGACUACAAAGGCCACCAGGAACAAAGGAACGGGGACCUAGUCACCGGCUCGUAUACCGUCGUCGACCCCGAUGGCACCCGCAGGAUCGUCGACUACGCAGCUGAUCCCCUCAACGGCUUCAACGCGGUCGUCCGCCGCGAGCCGCUCGUCGUCGCCGCCCCCGCCAGGGUGGUAGCGCCCGCCCCUGUUGUCGCACCCGCCCCACGUGCACUCGAUUUGGCAGUUCAAUCUCACUCUUGGACAUUACUACUACCAAAAAUGGCAUUCAAGUUCGUCGUCUUCAGCUGCCUGGUCGCUGCGGCCUGCGCGGGCAUUGUCCCUACCGGUCACGUCGCCUACUCCGCUCCCCUGUCGUACGCCGCUCCCGUGGCCUACGCCGCCCCGAUCGCUAAGGUCGCGGCCGUCGCCCCCGUCGCCAAAGUAGUCGAAGCCUACGACUCUCACCCUCAGUACAGCUUCUCCUACGACGUCCAGGACGGUCACACCGGUGACUCCAAGACCCAGCACGAGACCCGCGACGGUGAUGUCGUCAAGGGCUCCUACUCCGUGGUGGACCCCGAUGGCACCAAGCGCACUGUGGAGUACACCGCUGACCCCCACAACGGUUUCAAUGCCGUCGUGCACAAGGAAGCCCUUGCCGUGAAAGUCGCCGCCCCCGUCGCCUACGCCGCUCCCGUCGCCAAGACUGUGGCUUAUGCCGCGCCCGUCGCUAAGUACGCUGCUCCUGUAGCUUACGCCGCCGCCCCCGUGGUCCACUCUGCUCCCGUGGUCCACUCUGCCCCCUUGGUCCACUCUGCCCCCGUGGUCCACUCCGCCCCAGUUUACCACUCCGCCCCCGUCGCCUACCACGCGGCCCCCGUUGCCUACUCCGCUCCCCUCUACCACCACUAAGUCAAUUGAUUUUAUAGACAACUUUGAAUGCCAUAAUGUAAAUAAAUU